GGGAAACAGGGAUUUUACACAUUAUAAGCCAUACAAUACAUUUGUUAUCCUGUUAGUCUCACGGGUUCACAGGUUUCAGCUCGUGCUGCGCAGAUACAUACCUGAUUAUUCCUCAUUCUCUCACCAUGGAAAUCUUCGACUUUGACGAUGUUAUGCUCGUCCCAAGGAUGUGUACCUUGGAGACUAGAGCUCAUGCUGACGUAUCCGCUAAGCUGGGAAAUCGCACAUUCAAGAUUCCACUUAUGGCUUCCAAUAUGCCUUCAGUUUUGGAUGAGAAUAUUGUAAUUGAACUAGCCCAGAACAACUACUUCUACGUUAUGCAUAGGAUCGAUGUUGACCUCGUUGAGUUUUCACGGAAAAUGCGUGAUCUUCAAUUGUUUGUCUCAAUAUCCAUUGGUGUACAAGAGCAAUCAUACAAGGUAGUAGACAGCCUCGUGGCAAACGACCUCAUCCCAGACUAUGUCACCAUCGACGUGGCCCAUGGACAUAGCCUUGCAAUGCAACGUAUGAUUUCGUACAUUAAGAAGGCAUUUGGUCCAAAGACUUUUAUCAUCGCCGGUAACGUCGCUACUGCAGAAGGGGUGGUUGACCUAGAAAACUGGGGAGCUGAUGCCAUCAAGGUUGGCCUUGGACCAGGAUAUGUAUGCAGCACAUCUAUUCGUACUGGAUUCGGAACACGUAACUGGCAAUUAGCAGCCGUAAGGGAAUGUGCGCGUGUGGCAAAGAAGGCUGUCAUUAUUGCUGACGGUGGAUGCCGUCUCAGUGGUGAUAUUGUCAAAGCACUCUACAUGGGAGCUGAUUGGGUAAUGUCAGGCUACUUCUAUGCGGGAUUCAUUAAGUCACCGUCGGAAACGGAAAUUGUAGAUGGUGUGCCAAUGAAGGUUUACUACGGAAACGCCUCUGCACGUUGUAAAAAAAGCAGGAGCCGCGUAGAAGGUGUAUCGCUAAUGGUUCCAUGUGAAGAGGGCACCUUAUUAGAGAAACUUAAAGGUAUUGAGGAAGACUUGCAGUCAGCUGUCUCAUUUGCAGGUGGAAGGUGCAUCCUAGACGUACGUAAGUGCGAAUAUGUCAUUGUAAGACACUCACGUGGACCCAAGGAAUCAGGAUGAAUAAUGUAUAAUAAUUAUUGCCGUAAAACAGUUUUUAGGUAGAUGAAAGUGAAAAGUAACCUGAUUCUAUGGACUCUGCCUGAAGACUUUAUUGAGUUGUAUAUUUAAUGUACAAACGUAUUAACAGUAUACUAAGUUAACAUUUUUUCCUUCAUUUAAA